AUGUCUUCUUCUGUCCAAUCUCUGGUUAUCAGCCGAGUUAUAGGCGAUGUUAUAGACAUGUUUUCUCCUUCUGUGAGCAUGUCGGUGAAGUAUGGAAUCAAGGAUGUCUCUAAUGGCUGUGAUAUAAAGCCAUCCAUGGCCACGAAUCCUCCCCAUAUCGUGAUCUCUGGCCACCAUGACGACCUCUUCACUCUGGUGAUGACUGACCCAGAUGCACCAAGCCCCAGCGAACCCUCCAUGCGUGAACUGGUCCAUUGGAUUGUGGUGAAUAUUCCUGGUGGCACAAACCCAACUCGUGGGAAAGAGAUACUGGCGUAUUCAUGCCCUCGUCCACAGUUGGGGAUACACCGAUUCGUAUUUGUGCUAUUCAAGCAGAAGGGUGUGUUGAAUGAGGUGGAGCAGCCGGAAACUUGCAACAACUUCAGCACUAGGGCUUUCACCAAUAAACUGGAGCUUGGCAUUCCUGUGGCCACCGUCUACUUCAAUGCACGUAAGGAGCCCGCCCACAGGAGACGCUGA